AUGAAGGUUCAUAUUUAUUUCUUAUUCUUGUCCAUUUGGACAAUCAGUUGUUUAAAUAUAAACCACAUCAAUGAAUCAUCUACUGCCAGAACCACAGGUACGUUUGUAAAAACUACUGACUCUACAGGAUCAAAGAUGGAUGAUUUUAGGAAACGCUUACUGGGCUUCAUAAUUGGAAUAAUGAUCAUAACCUUUACCAUUACCUGCUUUUGUUUACUGCAUUAUAACUGCAUUAUCGAGGAGGCCCAACCACCAGCAGCAAGGCUCAACAAAGAAAAUAUGGAAGCCAUAUCAUCCUGGGUAUCCAAGGUAUCAGCUUGUAAACCUGAUAUAAUAACUGAGGACUUUCUAGAAACUCAACCUCUGCUGUUUAAUUCAGACCAUAUAACUGAGCCCUCAUGUCAAGAAAACCUAUCUAUGCCAAACUGUACAAUUAAACCAGAUGAGCCUUCAAGGCUAGAAAAGCCAUGCAUACCAUCCAACCCACAAAAUUCAAUGAGAUGUACAAAUACUGAUGAGUCAUCCAUGCAAUGCAGUAUAAAAACAUCAAACAGACAUUUGGAUCCAAAACGGUCAACCAAGUCGUUAAGUCCCCAAAGAUUACAUAAGCCAUCUAUCCUGAAGUCCCAUAAGAAACACAGCCUUAAAAAACCGCAGAAGCUUGCCCGUACCUGUAAAUUAGCUAGUCAAGUCAAUUCAUCCUGCUCAGAGAUGCAAGUCACACCACCCUUGCUAGCCAUUGUGAAAACGUCAGCUUCUCUAGCCACACAGCCUUGCCCAUCAGUCCCCAAUAAUCAACUUGUGUCCACCAAACCAUCUAGAAGGAGACCAAACCAGGCACGUGGACGCCGUGUUCUGAAAAAGUCAGUGAGUACAGGAAAGGCUGUGUCACGCAGGAAGCAUUCAUCCUUCAAAUGUUGCCGUUAUCAGGAAAAAUGUCUUAUUUGUAAUCCUGAAUUUCUUCCCAAUGGUCUUGUGGGGCCAAAGAAGGCGCAUGCUGGAAAUCCCUAUGUUUUAAAGACAAUGAAGCCAUUGCCCCGGUCCUUUUAUGAAGCAGAGUACAAGUACACUGAAAGAGGGUACAAGUACAAAUGUUAUAAAGCUAACGAGGGUGAUAAGACUACGAAAACAAAUGAGAGUGAAGACAGUGGUACAGAAGUAGUCAUUAUUUGUGACAGAAGUCAUGAAGAUGAUGACAUGGCUCAAAGCAUCUCAACUUACUAA